CAAUCAUAUGCACGCAAUGGCUGCCUCUACAUAGAAUGGAAAGGUGUUAAUUUUUUCUUAGCUAAUUUGUUUUUGUACAACGGUUAACGGCUGUUAACAAAUUAAAUUUAAUCAGGUGAACUUUGAAGGUAUGCUUCAAACAAAGAAAUAUCGCGCUUCAUAUUUCAGGAUUUAGUCUGUGUUUAAUGCAACGACAUGUGCAACAAAUGUAAAAAUAUAUUAAAAAACUUGACCAAAAAGUUACCCAAAGCCAAAAUGUUAAAAAAAAAUUGAAAGAAAUUGUUGUGUAGACUUAUGAAAAUUAAAAAAAAAAAGAUUUUUUAAGAUAUAUACCUAUCAGAUGUUAGUCACUUCAUAUUAAUUGAGGUUGUCCUUUUUAGCUAGGCUUAGCCCUAGAGGAACUUAAUAAUUUAUAAUAUUAUUAAUAAAAAAGGGCUGCCUAAAAUUUAAGCUUAUCUUAAGAAUUUACUUAACCCUCCUGGGACGGAUGGGCCGAAUCUAUCGGCCCAGGAUAGUGUAGAAAAAAGAUGGAUGUCUGAUCUAUCGGCCCGAUAAAUCAUGCCUCGAGAUUGGCUGGCUAGUCUUCGUACCAGUGAAUGAGUGAAUCAGAUGGAUUCUUACGUAUUCCUGCACAUCCCCGCAUUGUAAUGGCGGCCUUUGUUGAUUUAGGAUUAGUUUUAGUUCUGUUUAGUAAUUUUUUUUUGUGUGGCACGUAAUACUGUAAAAUUUAAAAAAUGUCGGACAGUGACACUGAAAACUAUCCUUAGUGAUUUUGAUAUUCUAGCAGUGAAUCUGACACUGAUAAAAACAACCAGUAAAGUAAUGAAGACUAUACUAUCAAAAUGAUGAUGUUCACACUAAUUUUUUGAACCUUUGGUUAGUAUUAAGGGUCUUCAACUAGAAAGAGAUGAUCCCUCUGAAUUUUUAGACAACAUAUGUCCUAUAAAUAAGACAUAAACUACCACAUUUGAGUAAUUUAUGCAUUUUUUACACUAAAUAUCACUCAAAUGUUUAUGAGAGAGACGAAUGGGUAUGCAGACAACUUUCUCAGUAACACCCAGCUUAAGAAAAGGCCCUAGGUCAUAAACGGGGGCCUAUUACAGUGUCUGUAGCAAAUGAAAAAUAACUGGGGCAUAAAAAGGGGUAGAACCAUGUGCCAGAGGUGUCAGAAGGGUUCCAUGGGCCAAGUGUUAAGACUUAUUUAGGCUUCAUCAAUCAAAAAAUGCACACAAGUGAUACAAACAAGCCACGUUUAUUCUAAGUCUAUUACUAUUAGUAAAACUUACUAAACUAUAAUAGUUAUAAUAGGCCCUGGACAAAUGUCAUAAUAAGUUAUAAGUUAAUAAGUCUUAAGAAUAUCUGAUUUGGACAGAAUAGAUUAUUAGUUCACAGUAGAAAUGUGCUUUUAAGUUUCUAAAUUCACUGAUCUUUUGAGUGAGUUUAAUGUCAGUUCAGUUUCAAGUUUCACUUAAUUCACUUUAGUGAUUGUCCUUCAUACUGCAAACUGAUCUAUUUAAAUACAUCUGUAAAACUGUAAUGGAUCAUUAAAGGUAUGUUCACACUACAUAUUUGUUAGAGCCACAAAGCUAAGUGGUGAACUGACUAGUUGUUGAUGUUUACAAUCUCCGGCGACAGGGAUAUCAAACGUUGGUGUUCACACUGUUUAUAUUUAUCUACAUGUGCUAUUGCCAAGUUUUGCAACCAUCAGAUUUCUGCUACGGUACAAGCCCAAAGAAUAUGUUAAUAAAAUUUCUAUCAGAAUGAAGGAAUUCUUCAUGUGCAUAAAAAUGUUUUAUAUUUGAGUCAUAAUCUAAUUAAUAGAUUGAUAUGACAUGAGAUUUAUCAUUUGAUUAUUAUUGCCCAUAAAUAUAUGCUAGAACUGUUUUUAAUCUGGCUUCAUAAAUAAUGUAUUUUCAAUUUUGGAUUUAAAAAAUUAAUUUGAACACAAAUUGUAUGCCCUGGUUAUUAUAUUAUUAUCUUUAAUCUAUUUCUUAAUUAUUGACCUGUUCAAACUGUUUGUAUUUCAGACUCUUAAUGGAGUUUGAAGAGAACCGAAGCAAAGAAGUGGCUAGCACUGAAGAUGGAGGUGACAAAGUAAAGGAAGACAUUUCAACCCUUUUGAAAGAAAAUGAUUCAAAUGCAUCCAGCAAGGAUGAAGUUCAUACUGUGCUAUCUGAUAUUUCUGCUGGAGAAACUAAAUUAAUUAUUGAAACUAAAUCUGAUGACAAUGAAAAAGCAGAGUUUCAAAAGUCCAUUAACAAAGCUAUUAAUGUUCCCAAAAUUGUUGACAUUGUUGUUGAAUUUCAAAAAGAUGGUGAUUUAGAUAAUAAAAGUAGUGCUAAUACAGAGAUAGAUAAUAAAUUGAAAUAUGAAAGUACUGAGGACAAAGAUCCCAUCGUCACCAAGCUUUCCCCAUCCACUGAUACCAAUAGUGAGUGUUCUGAAAGGGAAAUAAUUCUCGAACCUCUUUCUCCAGCUGCAGAGGAAUCAGCUGCAGAAGCUGACCAAUCACCUACACUAUCAAUAGCCACUAAUCCCCUGGAGUCAGUUUCUGAUCUCAUCUUUAAAAAGUCAUCAACUGAGAGCACACUAGAAGAAAAAUCUUUGACAGGCAUCAGGGAAGAUGCAAAUUCUGUAAGUGCACCACCCGCACCCUCUGAUGGUAGGGAAGAUAUCAGUGAUGAUGAGUUGGAUAUUGAUUCUGGUGAAAGUCUGGAGGAGUCCACUCAACUUUCCAUAUGUAACCCUAAUGCAUUAAAAAAUACAGGGCCAACUAGUGCAGAGGUAUUCAUGGAAUCGCCUCAGUCAAAUCAGGAAGCUCCAUCUGUGUCCAAUUCUCAUUUGGUAAAUGAGGAAUCCAGGGGUACCUUGUCAAGUGAUGAUAGGGAAAUAAUUGAUCUGAAAUUAGAAGAUGCUGUUGGUAAAAGUGAAGGAGAUGAUGAUGAUACUAACCGUGAAUCCAAAGGGCCAAGUGAAGAUUUGGAGGCUGUUUCUGAUGAUGAAUUGUUACCUGAUGCUUCACAGGGUGCAUCUGUUAUACCAUCACACUUAACCUUAAUAGGAGGGGAGGAAGUCAGUUCAGAAGAAGAUGGUCCAUCUGGUCUGGAUGAGUUUAAUGCUCAGCAUGAACUUGAUCCAAUUGCUACUCACAGAAUAGUUGCCCCUGUAAACCCUGACAUGUUAGAGAUCUCCAAUCUUAGUUCAUCGGAUCUACACAGGAUAACAAAUAGAGAAAGAGAAGAGUCUUUAUCUCAUACUGAGGCAGUUACAAAUUUACCUCCUUUGGAGGCUGAACCAAUAUCAGAUGAGGAGGACAUAGAUCAAGGAGAGGGCAAUGCACUAGGACUUGAUGGAGACGGAGAAGCCGGAGAAAUUCAAAGUCCUGUUGAAAUGUCAUCUCCUGUAUCAGAACAAGGAGGGCUCUUGGGUGAGGUUGAACCAAUUUCAGCUGAUGAAGGCAGUGACACAGAUGGAGAAUUGCCAAGUGGCGAUGAUGACUCUAAACCAGGUGACAGUGGGGUUAAAUCUGGCAAUAACUUUGAAUCUAUAGACUCUGACGAAGAAGGAGAAUUGGGGGCAGAACUUUCUCAAAAAAACAUGUCUAUAAAUAAAAUGCAUUUAGGAUUGAAUCAAGGCCUUAAAAAGGGAAGCGGGGAUUACAUGGAGACAAUUUCUGAUGAGGAAAACAUGGAGCAUGGAGGGCUUGUGUCAGAUAGUCCUUUAAAGUCAAACAGACCAUCUCUAAAACUCUCAGAUGAAUCAAACUCUUGUACUAGUUCUAUAACAAGAGAUGCUGAGUCUGAUAAAAAGAAAGUUGCAACAAAUUUUAAUGAGCAUCAGGUAGAACUUGAUUAUGAAGAAAAUGAAGGCGAAGAAGGUGAAGGUAAAUCGGAGGAACUCUCCGCUGAGCCAAAACUGAAAGAUGAUGGUGAGGAGGGAGAGCUCGAUGAGGUAAUAGGUUUGUGUGUGUUAACAUAUAAGGGAUUUCCAUUUAUUAAAUAUUUGCUUGAAUGAUUGAGUAAGGAGAUUUUGCUUGAGGGGAGGGGGGGGUGUGUGGAUAUGAGUAGAAAGUGUGUUUACAUUAGCACAUAUUUUGCAUGAAUUAUUCUGGAUUUUGACAGUCCAUGAAAAGGUUUAUUCUAAACCUUAAAAAAAUUUCUAUUUUGCCUAUUCCUAUCAAAUCAAACUUGCAAUUUAUUUCAAAAAUUUCUAUGCCCUCUUACUAUUAGAACUACAAAAUAUGGUUACUAUCAAAUUCAACUACAGGGUAAUAGUAAUAGCAAAAAAUAUCAUCACAAUGUUUUAGAAUUUAUCUAUUAUGCCUAGUAAAAAGUCAACCAUAUGCAUGAGCCUUGUGUAUGAUGUAAUUUUUUAUUGUUAGGCUGAAAUUAAGAUAGUUUAUUAUAAAGAUAUAGUUGAGGCACAUGUAUCUUAUUACUCGUUUUGCCAAACGGCCAUUAGCAAAAAGGGUAUGAAGCCUGUGAUUUUGUUAAGUUUUAUGUACGUCCUAGUUGUCUUUAAAUAAAUUGAAAAUGAUGGCUUUUUUUGGGGGGUGGGGGUGGGGAUUCAAUCUGUACAUACGCAAAAAGCUGAGAAAUGCUGUCCAAAAGUGAAUGGAUAUAACACAAGGUUAGGGGAUUAUGAAAAUAUUCCUUUUUUUUUGUGAGAGUAAUACAUGCAUCAUGCAUGCCUAAUAAAGUCAAAAACAAUUAUUACUUUUUGAAAGUGCGAAAGCCAGUAUAUCAUGUACAGGGGAGCACUGCUAAAUAAAAAAUUUGAUAGUUGAACAGCUCUUGAAACUUCUUUUAUACAUUUUUACAUGAAUUCUUUUCAAAUCGAUAGCAGUUAGUCACAUAAAAGUAUUGCGAACGGCAAACCGUGUUUAACAAGAUCUCAUUUUGUGGACCCCAAUUAUCUUGUUGUAGCGAUUUUCCCCUCUUAAUAUGUAUACAAAAUACAAAAGUAAAUUUGAAAAAAGUUCUUAGAAGAAUGUUAAUAAUAAAGGAACGUGUAGUUUUUAUUUUUAAAGACAUUUUGCAACCACCGUAUUUAUUGGCGUAUUACACUCACUUUUUCUCCCUGAAAAUAUGGGGCAAAUAUGUGCGCGUUAUACGCCGAUAUAAUAUUUAGUUUUUUCCCUGAAAUUUCCUUCUUAAAUUGAGGUGCGUGUUAUAUGCGGGGGCGUGUUAAAAGCCAAUAAAUACAAUAAUUAAAACAUUAAGUUAAAGAUAUAUAAAAUAAACCAGAAACUGUAUAGUGUCUGAUGUAAAAUAUUUAAGGGCAUAAGUAUGUUUUACUUGGUAGGGCAUAAGCAUAUUUUACUUAGUAGGGCAUAAGCAUAUUAUUGUUUGAUGUGAUGAAAAAUAAUCAUACAUAACCAUUAUGAUUUCAGGGUGGCCAUUCUGAUAAAGAUGAAGGAGAAUUAAGUGUGAGUGUAAUUAAUAUAAUAGAAAAGUAUAUUUAAAUUAAAAAAAUAAUCUUACUGCAGAUGGUGUUUUUUUCUUUUCGUUUUCCGUUGGACAUCCAUUGUUUUAUUAUUCUUUGCUUAUUAAUGUUCUGUUUUUUUUCUCAUUACUUAUUUUUCAUAUUUAAACACACAGUAAUGUAAUUUGUUAGUUAAAUAAAAAUUAUUUUUAAAAAUACAAUGUUUUUAUUAAUGUGUUUAGGAUGAUGAUUGUGAAGAAGGGGAAAUAAAAGAGCCAGGGAGUAAGAAGCCUUUUGUGAAACCUAUGUGCAGAUUUUUCCAGAGAGGCAACUGUACUUGGGGUGUCAAUUGUAGGUUUUUACACCCUGGUGUAAAUGAUAAAGGUAAGCUUUAUUCCAUUUUAAUUUUUUAGUAUUUUUGUGUAUAAAUAAGUCUCAUUAAAAUAUGUUUAUUGCUUCUACUUAAAUACUGAAUUUGAUAGCUUUUAUUUUACAUCUUUUAUAUCAUAGAUUUAAAUUAUUUUUUUAAUAUGGUGAUUUUUAAAUUUUUCUAUAUUUUGGAGGGUUUAAUUUAAUUGAUGUGAACAUGUAGCAGCAGAUUUGUUGCUUGAUUUAAGUUUUUAAAAAAAAAAUUGUUUUUUAUUCAUAUCAGGGAAUUAUCAGAUGAUAGAAAUUCCAGGGUUUAAGCCUACAGGAGUAAGAGCCAGAAUUGGGCUUCCUGGACAAUGGCCAGAGGUUUGUUUUUAAAUUUAUACAUUCAUUUUAUUUUUUUUUAAAGUUCAUUGUAAGAGUGUAUUUUAGUGAAAAAUAAAAAAGAAUCAUUAAAAAUAUGUAGACAGGAAAAUAUGCUAUUUUGCCUUGGAGACUGUCUAACUUGUUCUUGGGUGAAGGAGUGUACAACUAAAAUUGUCUUUAUCCAUCAUAUUGCAGCAGCCUGAAGAGCCCAUAGAACUGCCACCGCCUCCAGUGCCAGACAUUCCACCCGUUGAGACAGCUUGGGAAAGGGGAUUACGUAUUGCUAAAGAGGUAUCUAUUUGGCUGGCUUAAUAUGGAAAUAGUAUAUUAAAGUUUAUUUUAUCACAAUAGUGUAUACUGUUUAUUUAUUAUUGUAAUUUAUAAUCAAAAACAGUUAUUUUUAUUUUGAAUCUUUGGAUGUAUUUCAGCAAAGAAAGAAAGCUAAUGAGCGUAAAGAACUUGAGCCCGAUUUUGAGGAAAAGCGUUUAAAUUUAUCAGUUGAUGAAGAGAGAGAGCUAAAUAAAGAGAAUGAAAGAAUGCCAAAAAUCAUUCCCAAAGAUCCAUAUUAUGAUCAGCAAGCGUAAGUUUUAAAUUUGUAGUAGAUUUUUUGUGUGAUUAAAUUCAAAUUUUAUUUUGUGUGAGAUCCAGUAAAAAUAAUCAUUGUUAAAUAUUUUUUCCCAUACUGUGGCUAACAAUAUAUAAUUUUGAAUUAAAUUUUUUUAGCUACGAAGAAGAUGAGUAUUACAAGAUACCAAGAGAUCCUUGGCAAACUGGACAUUAUGAGAACUUCGAAGUUCGAUACCACAGAGAAAAUUCCUUUUCACCCCCAUACCGGGUUAGUAAAUCUGUAACUGUAAUCCACUUACCAUGAUUAUUUUAUAUCUUUUUUAAAAAUUUGAUCAUUUAUGAUCACCAUUACACAAUCCACCAAAAAAAAAACCCAUGGACAUAUUAAACAAUCUGUUCUGAAUUUCUUCUGUUAUUUAUGUUAAGUUCAUAUGAUUAAUUACAUAUUCAUUUUUUUUUUUCCAUUGGUUAGUAAUUUAAGUUUUGUUAAGAAAACAGUAUCACACCUUCACCUGGCUUCUUGAAUGGAACUACAUUUUGUUUUUUUAUACAUAAUUUUAUUUGGGUAAAAUAUCUUAAAAAUUAAGACUUUUGGUUUUGUUUUCUUAUUUUAUAAGGCUCUAGCUUUUUAUGGUUUAUUACAAUGUAUUUUUAAUUUUAUAAUUUGUUUUAUGGUUAUAUGGCAUGUUACUUCUGCAUUGGCUAGCUUCCAAAAAGCCUUUUCAACCCAACAGCAGGGGUGGUCAGAGACUGUUGUACAUUUGGUUUGUAUUUAUUUACUGAUUGGCACCCAGCUUCUCAUUUUAAUCUAAUCGAAUAAGCGCUUCAUUUAUUGUUAUUAUUUCAUUUCAGGAUAAACCUCUCAUGAUGCCACCCUCUAGAUUCAGUCGCCCCUUCAGCCCACCUAUUGACAAGUGAGUUGUUCAUUAUGCAAUAAUCAGACAUGCAAUUUUAGGUUGUGUAAAUUUUUACCCUCUUAAUUUUUUACAAAUAUGCUAAGGAUUUUAUUUGAAGUAUGUAUCUUAUAAACAUGCUAUUCUUUCCUAAUUAUGGAUGUAUAUCUAAUUCAUAAUUAUCAGAUUUGGUCGAGACAGGGUUGAAAGGAGAGAACCUUUUAGAGUAGAACCCCCACCUCCACCAGUAUCGCAUGAAUAUCCAUCUCCUGUGAAACGGCCAGAUGAAUGGACAGAUCCUUGGAGAAGGUUAGAAAUUGAAUGUUCUUUAUGUCAGUGCCUUUUUUUUUGCAUACUCAUGUUUAAAAAUAUUGAUAUGAAAAAGAAUAAAGAGUUAAUUUUCAUAAAAUUGUGGGAAAACAAUAAUCUAUAGUGAGUGUUACUAUAACUUUCUAUUUUAACACUUAAAUAUGUUAAGAUUUUCAAAUUAUCUUGGAGCUUUAUUGACCAUAUUUAUCUUGCUUUUAAUAUUUUGUUCUGUUUUUUUUAAAUCAUGUAUUUUUUUGUAAAAUUUAAUAUACAUAAUCUGCAGACGUAUAGAUAUUUUUUUCUUUUACUUAGCUUUACUGGAAUUAAAAAGUAAAUAAUAAUUACAUAUAUUAUUUGAUCUAGGUCUAAAUCUCCCCAAAUGCUGAAGAUUAAACCCAGAAAUCACUCAAGAGGUAGAAGAACACAUAGAUCUGUCAGUGAUUCAUCAAGGUAUAUUAAAAAGUCUUUCACUUUUGAAGGAAAUUUGUAAAUUGUUUAUUCUGUCCGUGACUUUUUAAACUUAACCAUUGAUUCUAGUGAAGUAAUUUUCACCAUAGUUAACCAUAGAUAAUUUCUAUAGAGCUAUUAUUUGACUAACAGUGAUGCACAGACCCACCUAUUAUAGCUAAUUAAUAUGGAGCUCUAAUUUGACCAACAAUGGUGCACAGACCCACUCACAACAUCUAAUUCCUAUGGAGCUUUAAUUUGACUAACAAUGGUCACAUACCAACCCACGAUAAUUUACCCUAAUUUGACUGAUAAUGGUGCACAGACAUUCCAUGUAUCCCUGAGUACUAAUUUUCAAUGUAUGUUAUAGUUAUGCCUUGUAAUAAUUAUUAUUCAUAAGAUACUUGAAGGACUCUUAGUGAUAUCGAACAAAAUAAGAUACAUGGAUUUUAAGUUUAAACAUCUAUUCUGCAGGUCAAGUUCAGGCUCAUCUUCAGGGUCUUCACGUAGUAGUCAGUCUUUCAGUGGAUCAUCUGGCAGCUCAAGGUAAGAACCUAUUAGGAAACUUUCAAGUUCAGCUUUUUAGAUGAUUAUAUUUUUCUUGUAAGAAAUGAACAUACUUUACAGUCAAUAACUUUAAUGCUCGCCGCCAGCUAUACAAAUAAUAGAAAGGCUAAUGGCAGGGAUAUACCACACCAUUAAUUGAUCUAAAAUGUAUAUUCUGUAAGAUAUAGAUAAUCCAGACCCGUUUGUCAAACUGAAAAACUGCGGAUCGAGAAUUACAAAAAUGAUGCAAAGUGACUUCAUUUGCAUCUCUAAACAUGACAAUAAACACAACCAAUAAAAAUUUUCUUUGGUGCUUCCAUGACAUUAACCGUUCAUAAUUUAGCUGGCAAAUCAUGACUUCAAUAUUUGCAACAUAUAUUUAUAUUCAGAGUGUUGAUCUAGGUUUAUGGGAUCUGAAAUACAAUGCUGUAGGUUUUGACUAGUUGAGUUUGUGUGUUUCUUUAUAGUUAUACAAUUAAAUAUUAAUUGUAAGCUUCUUUAAUAUUUUUAUAUUUAAUUAACUUGGAAAAAAUUUGGUGCACUUAUAGAUUGGAAAAUCCAGAGAAGUUAAUACGCAAAUUGGGUCAAACCACAGUCUGGAUUAUCAAUGAAAUACUGUAUUAAAACUAUAAAGAAGGGAAAAAACUAAGAUAAGAACAUCUUCAAAUAAAAUGGGCAGAAAUGACUGACCUGUUGAACAAGAAAGUUUUUCAAUAGUUCCUUCAUGUGUUUCUUUUCUUUGCUGAAUUAAACACUGUAUAAAAAUCAUUAAUAAAGCUUCACCCUUUUAACUUGUAAAAUGCUGGUUUCCUUUAAACACUUGGUCUUGAUGAAACUAACUUGUUAUUGUAUAAAGUUGGCCAUAAUAUCUUUCAUUCAUACAGAAUAUGGAAGCAAAACAUUUCUAAAGUUGUUACAAUUGUGCCGAAGAAAAUACGGUAUUUCCUAGACAAAACAAAAUAUCCAGCGUUGACUUUUGGCUUUUGAACAAUACUUGUUCAUUUUAAUAAAUUGUUGUUCUCAUUGGUUUGAAUUUAGUUUGUCAAAUUUGAUCUCUUUGAUUUCAGAAACAGAUUAUCAUUUGCAUUUUAUCAUGAUCUUAAUUUAAAUUAGCUUUUGAAUAUUUGUAAAUUUGUAUUAUAAUAUUAUAAGAUUUAGAGUUGUUGCAUUUUUUACAAAAGUUUCUGUACUCACGGCAGAUUUUGUUUGCAUAAAUUUUUUUAAAAUUUACAAUAACUUCAGUUAAUUAUGGCAAGUUUAAAAAAGAUAAAAUUAUAGCACCUCAUGUGAACUUUGUCCCAAACAACAAUGAAUUCUGAAUUUAAAAAAAGUAAUUGAUUUACAAUAACUUCAGUUAAUUAUGGCAAGUUUAAAAAAGAUAAAAUUAUAGCACCUCAUGUGAACUUUGUCCCAAACAACAAUGAAUUCUGAAUUUAAAAAAAGUAAUUGAUUUUCCUUUUCCUCUUUUCAAUUGACCUAAUCUGUUUUCUUUAUCAGCCGUUCAAGAUCGCCAGAGCCUGCCCCUCCUGGUGUAGAUCGCCAUGACCGGUAUAUGUCACCAUCUAGGUAAGAUAUGUUAAUGACCUUAGCGUCGGUUAUAUUUCUUUAACUCUCAAAGUACAUUAUAUUGAUACCGAUGGGAUUGGGAACCCAACAGUUCCAGGAACCCAACGGGAUCGGGAAUCCAUUUUGAUCGGGAACCCACCUGGAUCGGAAUCCCUUCUGGAUCUGGAUCCUAUCGGGAUCCCACCGGGAUCAGAUCAUACCUUUUUUUGAAUUUUUUUAUGUGUUGAAAAAAUGGAUAACAUUGAUUGAUAUAAUAAAUAUUUUAACUUAGGACUCAAUAUUUAUUUAUUUCCUUCUCCUGUUUGUGGUAUGCUUACAUUUUUUUUGAAAAUUUAGCACACCUAAAAACCUAUUAUUUUUGGCUAUAAAUCAAAGUCAUAAUUAACCCUGACCUCAUGAUUUGGUAGCAAUAAAUAGAUCAUUCAAUGCUGAAUCCAAUGAUAUAUAACAUGUUAUUAUCACUAUGUUCUUCAUUGAAAAAAAAGCCAGAUUGUAAAGGUACCAAAUAAGGGAGAAAAAAAAUGGUAGAAAACCUAGACUAUUUGAGAGCUAAAAAAUAGUUAUUGAAAAGUAGUAAUUUUUACUAAAGCUUUUAUAAUUUUGUUUUGACGUUAUUUAUAUGCAUUUUAUUGCAAAUUUAAAAAAAUUGUAAUUUCUUUUUCAUUGCCUUUGUAGUUAAAUUAUUAAUUUCUAUAUAAUACAGAGACCAACCAAGAAGUGCUGUUUCAGUGAGAGGACGUGGAGGCUACAAUAACUAUGAUCAGAGCUACCGCAGGGGAAGUCGAGGCUAUGACCGCUCUCGGGGUGGGGGAGGAGGUGGUGGAGGAGGUGGUGGCUACCAACAGCGAGGAAAUUACCGUGGGGGAGGUGGUAAUGGGGGCUACUAUAACAAUUAUGGAGGAGGCUACCCAGACAGAGAGAUGGGUAGAGAUAUUAGAGAUCGUGGCAGGGAUGACAGGCCGGGUAGAAAUCGAAUGCGUUCUCCACCAGACAGACCUUUGCCUUAUGUGAGGUAAUCAUUUAAGAUUAUCAAGUGUUUUUUAUAAUAGCUUGCUUGUACUUGGUUCACAGAACUUUCCAUGCUAAAAGCAUUUCCUCUAUUUGAAGUAAAUCUGACAUUAAGGAUUUAAAAAAAAAAUUGUUAUUCAUUAAUAAGUGUAAGUUAAAUGUAUUAAUUUUGACUGUCAUAUUUUUUGCAGGCCAAGAGCGAAAAGUGCAAGCAGCCAAUCCAGUUCCAGUAGAUCUCGCUCUAGGAGUCGCAGAAGAUUCAUAUCUUCUCACUCAAGAUCUAGUUCUGGCAGUUCUCGAUCGAGCAGCUCCUCCAGCUCAUCUGCUGGAAGUGCUGAUUCUGAGCACUUGUACAGAGACCUUGGACCUCCAACGAAAAAUCCAAGAGGACCAGCGGCAGCUAAGAAAAAAAGAAGUAGGUGCACGUUUUUAUUCAUGUUUUUUGUGUACAUUUAAUUUAUUUUAAAAAAUAUAUACGUCUUGUUUUCUUCACCUUUAGUACGGAGAAAUCCCUUUAUGCACAUUGGUGCUACAGCCAUACACUCUGAAUUCUCAAAGCAAAUUUUCAUUUCACCUUUUAAAAUUAACCAUUUUAUAUUUCAUUGCUUUCAAAAAUCUGUUUUUCUGUCUUUUAAUAGACAAAAGAUGUUGAUUAGAUAAUUUUUUUUACAAUGAGGUUUUAAAACAGCUUUGUUUUCCAUCUGCUAGCCAACAGCCACAAAGAUCAUUCUAAAGGUCCCCAGAUUCCACCUCUGUCACAAAGAGGUCAGCCUCUCCCACCUCAUUCCCCAAUAAAUCUAGAUCGCAUCCCUCACCCACGUGACCCAAAGAUCUCUCAGCCUGGUCCUCCACCUGGUAGAAAUGAUUCUAAAUAUGCUAGUCGCAAUGCACCACAACCACCGGUGAAAGCAAAAGACCCUUUGAAAGUUGUGGGACAGAAGUCCAAUAUCAAGCUUACUUUGCUGCCUAAGGUAAAUGUGUAGAAGUUGUAACCAGGAGCCUUAUCACAACACUUUAUAUCCACAUGGCGCAGACAGUAAUAAGCCCCUUCUAUCCUAACAUCUUUUUCGAUGGUUAAUUGAAAUUAAUGUUUAAGACAAUGAACCCAUUUAGUUUGCCAUGAAAGACUAUUUAUUUUACUUCAGUUCAUUUCAAUAUAGGAAACUAGAGCUGGCAUAAAUAACCUACAUUGCUACCAAGUUAAUCUUUCGAGUCCAUUCUUGAGACAAAUGCAAUUGUCCAUUUUUUACACAAUAGCAAUUUAUUGGUGUAAAAAAAAAAAAAAAAACUUAAUUAUUAUCUUUUAAAUUUGAUAAAAAUUGGACUGUAAACAAUUUUGAAUUAAAAUUUGUGGUUUGACAAUUUAGAAGGAAAAAAAAAUUUUUACAAAAUAACAAUUUAUUGGUGUAAAAAAAAAAAAAAAAAAACUUAAUUAUUAUCUUUUAAAUUUGAUGAGAAUUGGACUGUAAACAAUUUUGAAUUAAAAUUUGUGGUUUGACAAUUUAGAAGGAAAAAAAAAAUUAGAAUACGUUCUCAGUAAAAGAGAACAUGUGCAUGAAUUUUCUUGUCGCUGUGUUAAGGCGAUGUUGUGUGGAUGUAAAUGAAAAAUAUGUGCCACUGAUGCUGUGUCGUGUAGAUAUAAAGUGUUCAGCACCAGAGAUAGCUAAUGAAUGGACUUUAAUGAUAAGCAUUAGAAAGUAAAGCAAAAUGAUAUGCAUAAGAAAGUAAAGCAAUUUCUACAAGUUCAUUCAUUGCUAGAAGAGAUUUUUAUGAAGGAAAUUACCUCUUGCCUCUAGUUUGAAGAAAUUGUGGUUCAUUGAAACUUAAUUUUAAACAAUGCUUAUUGCAUUGUGAAAUUAUUUGUGCAUCUGAUUCAAAAGAGGCAUCAGUUAUUUAAAAAAUCUAUAAUGAAGACAUUAUUUGAAUUCCAGACAUUUAAGUUACCGAAUGGAAACACUUUUACUUAAAGACUUAUCAAGUAUGUUCUUAACUGUUGCAGCAACAGCAGUCCUCUUUGGGCAAUAGACCAAACCCUCUUGACUCCCCUCCACACAAUAACAAAAGACGGCUGUCGGAGAGAGAUUCAUCACCACCUCGAGGGCCUGCUCCCAAACGUCUCAAUAUCCCUUUGCCUCAAGCUUCUGCACUAAGGAUAGCAACUGGUAUGUGCUUUAACUUUCAAAAACACUUGCAUUUGAAAAAUAUUAUUUUAAUAAUUCUAAGUUUGUCUUCAAUUUCAACUUGUAAUUCAUUGGGAUUGCUCUCUUACAUCUAACUUUCUUGUCCACAGAAAAAGCUGCAAAGAUACAAUUGCGGCAAGAGAAAAUCAAGUCCCCUCCACCAGCAUCUAUACCUCAGCCUCCACCACCCACUGGCAUACCUCGGGCCAAACCCCCAGUUUCCCCUCAGAAACAGCCAAGCAGCACCAAAUCACGGGCACCAGAACCAGUUGUUGCAAAAUCUGUACCUAAAGUUCCAUCUGCAAGUGCACCAACAGCUACGGCGACUGGGGCUAAAGCCAAGAAAAGUAUGUCUUCUCGCAGAGAAGAGCUGCUCAAACAGCUUAAGGCUGUGGAAGAUGCUAUUGCCAGAAAAAAGUCCAAGCUUCAGUGAUGAUAAAAAUCUCGUAGUUGUAUUUGGCUGUAGAAAAUUCUAGCAAUUUUAUGUAUCACCAAUGCAGUAUGAGUGAGAGACGUGUAUGGAAGUCAGUAUGUGCAGCAUGGAAUUUGGUUUAUGCGUGUGUUUGUACAAAAUCUGAAAAUGUUUGAAUGGCAUGGAUCUAUCUUGCUAAAAAAUUUAAUAUGAUGUGGGUGGGGUGGGUUGUGGGGAAUGGUGCCUUGUUCUAGAAAUAUA